AUCACGAGUAAAUCAUGUGAGAAAUAAUAACAAAACCGAGAGAAAACUAUAAUUCUACAGCCGUCAGAAAAGCGGUCCUCUGAGCGGGUUCACUGGGAUUCUUGCAGCUGAGAGAAGAGAUGUCGAGGGAGGGCAGGGGCGUGAGGCGCCAGCUGACGCAGGAGAUGGUCCUUGACCCGCAAAGGAGAGUCCGUGAGCUGAGCGAGAUAGGCAGCUCCGUCACGGUGGACAAGGCCUUCCCCGUGAAACGCUACUUCAGGAGCGGCAGUGAGAUGGAGAGACAGGGUAGAGUGUACUAUGCUGAGGGCCAGAUGGACAAGGCAUUUGUUUUGUACAACAAGUUUGUCACACUGUUUGUGGAGAAGCUGCCAAAACAGUAUCCCGACUACAACAAGCCAGAGUUCAAGGUAGAGCGGGCAAAGAUAAAGAAACUGCUGAAGGAGGCAUUCCCGAGGGCCGAACAGCUCAAGAAGCAGCUCCUCUCGUCAUUCGAGGCUGAGAAAAGCGCUCUGGAGGAAAAGUUGGCAGAAGAAGCAGAGAAACGACGUCAGGAGGAGGAAGAGAAGAGGGCAGCCGAGCAGAGGGAGAGAGAGGAGAGGGAGCGACAGAUGCGAGAGGAGGCUGAGAGGAAGGAGAGAGAAGAGGCGGAGAGAGUGGCCGCUUUUCUCGCAACCGGCGGUAGCGGUGCAGUUUCAGAUUCUAACAGGGACGUUGUACAAUCGGACGGUAACCAGACGCCGUCUACCGCCACGCACAGCAGUGGGACUUUGACAGAGAGUGGAGAGAGGACCAGUAAUGGAGACCAAACUCCCAGUUGGACUGAGACAGCUCCGACUGAUGACCUGGCAGCCUCAAUGGGAGGAUUGACUCUCGUCGAAUCACCCACAACUCACGCAGUCUCUGAAGAAAGGAGUGUCACGGCCACAAAUGCUCAACUUGCACAGGUUCUACCUCCUACCUACCAGGGUCCCCCACCCCCCACACAGAAUUUCUCCCCCAUGACACCUCCAGGGGGAAAUUUGACGCCCCCCGCGCAAGCACCCCUUGCCAGUGCUCGGACAUAUCGCUCGAUAUUUUCUGGUCCGAGUGCUCCUCCUCCAGUCCAGAUGGCCCCUCCGGUUUAUUCCGAGCAUCCUCCCCCCACAAACCCCUACUAUCAGUCCCAGGGGACCCAAAUUCCGCCCCCCGCUGCCGCAAUGCAGUACAACCAGCCGGGGUACUAUCACCAGGGUUACCAGCCAGCCCCGACCCCCGGGGGGCCGUACGUGACCCAAUAUUCAAAUGCCAGCAGCAGUAGUUGGGGGUCCGUCGAACUUCCGGCCCCCAGCUAUCACAUGACUCCACAAACCACACCUACUCAGACUAUCAGGGAGGAAGAAGAUGAGGAGGCUGCGCCACAGGUUCCCAGUUUUGACCGUUCCAAGAAACCAUCCUAUAAUCCGCUCUCAACCAGCAUAGGAGGGGGCUAUAGGAUGGUGUACGUUCCCGAGAGCAUUUCCCGGAAGUUUGAAGGAGCAGCUUCGGCCAACACCAGACAGAAUGUGGAGACAUGCGCCAUUCUUGCCGGGAAACUGUCUCACAACAAGCUCCACGUGACUCACGUGAUCCUACCAAAGCAGAAAGGAGGUCCUGACUCGUGUGAGACCGUUUCCGAAGAAGAACUCUUCGACGUUCAAGACCAGCACGACCUCAUCACACUCGGCUGGAUUCACACCCAUCCGUCUCAGACGGCCUUCAUGUCCAGUGUUGACCUCCACACUCACUGUUCCUACCAGAUCAUGCUGGACGAGGCCAUCGCCAUUGUCUGUGCCCCACGCUACAGCCAGGUGGGGGUAUACAUGCUGACUGAGCCCUAUGGACUGGACUAUAUCACACAUUGCGAGAAAGAAGGAUUCCACACUCACCCAAAGGAGCCUCCUCUUUAUGAGGAAUGCCCUCAUGUGGUCUUCUCCCAGUCGCCCAUUGAAGUAGUGGACCUCAGAUAGUCAGCGAUAGAGAACAUCUCACAUUUUUCCAUUGAUUUAUGUCAGUCGCGUGCAUUAUUUUUUGUUGCAGUGUCUGCAUGCCGUCGCCGCGCGCCGACUGCGGAAUACGCAUGCGCAACUAAUUUGCUCGCAACGCGCGCGUGCUUUAUAAGCCGGACCUGGCGACGUCGAUUUGACCACUUUUCUUCUGCGCCUGCUGGAGAAAAGUAAAACCUUGUGAGGCAGUGAGAACAGCAGUGAACGCGCUACCGUUCAAGACCACCUUUGAAUAUGGAGAAAACGAUCAAGAGCGAGCCUGAGGACGGAAAGAGAGCCCUUCCUCCUCCGCUGGUGAAGACAAAAGAGGGAGAAAACAACCAGAGCACCGAGGAUGAACGCCCAGACAAGGACACCACCACGUCAUCAGACUCUAGCACCACCACCAGUUCCGAGACAACCGAAACACAGCAGAAAUCGUCCACGAAAAAGAGAAACCGCAAGAAGGCCAACUCCACCUCGCAGUGCAACCAAGACGACAUCAAACCACCAUACUCUUACAUUGCCCUGAUCGCGAUGGCCAUCUCCCAGUCGCCCAACAAGAUGCUCACGCUGGGGGAGAUCUGUGAUUACAUCAUCCAGCAGUUCCCCUACUACCGCAAGCGCUGGCCCACCUGGCAGAACUCCAUCCGGCACAACCUCAGCCUCAACGACUGCUUCAUAAAGGUCCCGCGCGAAUACGGCUCCUCGGGGAAAGGAAACUUCUGGAAGCUUCACCCGGCGAGCUCGGAGAUGUUCAAAAACGGGAGUUUCCUGCGCAGGAGGUACAGAUUCCUUCACCAGCUCCCGCAGAAGCCCUACGCCGACCCCGUCACCUCUCCGACUGGUCUUCACUCGCCUGACGGAGUCGCCACCUCUUUCCCCUCCCACAUCCUUAUCCCCAAACACGAGCUCCCAGUACGCAACCAUUCCCUGCACCCACGGGAACGGGUACCCGGCAGCCAGCUGUAUCCCCGUGUUCCCCGAUGCCAACGCCCACCAUCGCUAUGCCACCGAGGUAGUUGCUGCUCAGCAACGCAGCCGGAGCUUCUCCUCGCCACCUGUCGGCGACAUGCCUUACGAGUUCCCCACUGUACCCCACAUCCCGAUAUCACGGAGUUACUCCAUUGGGAGCCCACCCAAUUUCGCCCCCCUCGCCCACUAUCAGCCUGGUGACGGGCUCACUCAGCCCUCCUGGAGCUAUUCCCCUUACUCGAGCCAAACUUCCCCCAUCUCUGCACCUCCCACGCAGGGCCAAAACUUCACCAACGGAACGACAUGCGCCUCCCCGAUGGACACCUACGCCAGCCACCCUCCGUUUUCUGUAGCGGCUGCAGCAGUCGCCUAUCCCUAUCCCGUCACUGCCGAGUGCUCGAGCCCCGUAUUUGGACACAGCGCAGAGUCUGGAGGACCCGGGGUCGAUCUGGCCAACAAGUGCAAUUUCACCAUCUCCAAUUUGCUCAAGAGCUAAGUCUCAUCAUUUUCUCUAUCACUAUCACUAUUGUCUGUAUUAUAAUUUCUGGAAACUAUGACGCUGUUUUUUUGAUGAUCACCACUAAGUCUUGUUAUAGUCUGAAUUCACCCUUAUCUCUGAAUGUUUUUGUAUUCAUUCAAUUUUGCAUGAAUCACUUCUUGCAAGCCCAACUACCCACUAAAUGUAUUAUUUCGCACCUACUGUAUUAUUAUUAACGAAAAACAUUUUUGCAACUAUUGUAUAUAUUAUAUAUCCAGUGCGAGUUGUGUUAUAAUUUAAUGCACUGUAUAAUGAUGACACAUUGUUAUUAUAAUGACUUCACAAUGAAGUUUACAGUAUACAAUGUUAGGACAAACAAUUACGACAACACAGGUAGAUUUUUCCUGGGUGUGAAGUCACUUUUUCUUGACAGUCGAGAGAGCUUCAUAGAGAGUGGCGACCACAUUUCUGUCUCCGUGUAUCUCUUCCUGUCUGGCACUACCAGGCCACACUUUGUUCACUGGAAGCAACCAUGACUGUAAACAGACAAGGAUUUUUCAUAUACAAACGUCAACAAUUUGCAUUAGCAAAACCAAUGAGCAAAGGUAAGCCUCCCCCCUAUAUAAAACCAUCACACAACACACCAAACUAGUCUCUCUGCACCACAAAUAUUGCUAUUACGUCAUUCAAUGAGCAUAUUAAUUACCUAGCAGAGAAAAUAGACACUACAUUAAUGUGGAAAGGCAAUGCAGUUUACAUUUCUAUAAUCUAUUAUUAUGGCAAGGGAAGGGAAAAUUCAUCGCUGAAUAUAAGUUUGGGCCCCAAAGGCAAA